AUGGAUAAAUUUUUCCAACCUCAGAGAAUCUAUGCCGUUGCCGGCGCUUCUACAAAUACUGCGAAAUUUGGAUAUAAAGUUUUUUCUUGGUAUGUGGACCGCAAACUCCCUGUUACUCCAAUCAAUUUCCGUAAAGAAGUGAUCUUGGAUGUUGCUAGUAUUGAAAAUAUCAGCCAGUUACAAAUUCCUUCUGGUAGUGAAGGGGUAGGUUUAAGCGUUGUUACGCCUCCUGCUGUUUCCAAAGCACUUCUUGAUGAAGUCUCCAAGCUCAAUGGGGCUGUCAAAGCAAUCUGGUUCCAGCCAGGCACUUAUGACAACGAGGUUAUUGAACAGGCUAAGAAAGUGGUCCCUAUUGUAAUCCAAGAUUGCAUACUAGUAAAUGGUGACAAAUACUUGAGCAAACUUUGA